GCUGGUUACCUAGAAACCAAGAAAGCUGUUUGGAGCCGUUAUACCGAAAUGUUUUGCGAACUGAGAAACCUGUUUGUAUAUGUUUAGUAAAUGUUCUGAACUCAAUUUAAUCACAGUAGUUUUGUCUUGCUUUAAAGUUGCAGCGUGAAGCUUUUUUUUUUUUUAAGAAAUAAUAGUUUUGAGGGCGGUUUUUAUGCUAAGCUAACAGCUAGCAAGGAUGUUUAUUUACCUGAGUAAGAAGAUUGCGAUUCCCAACAACAUUAAGCUGAAGUGUGUCUCCUGGAACAGAAACCAGGGCUUUAUAGCAUGUGGAGGAGACGAGGGUCUGCUGAAGGUCCUCAAACUGGAGAUUCAAACAGACGAUGCCAAGUUGAAAGGUCUUGCAGCUCCGAGUAACCUCUCCAUGAACCAGACACUAGAAGGACACACCGGCGCAGUGCAGGUAGUUACCUGGAACGAGCAGUACCAGAAACUGACCACCAGCGACCAGAACGGCCUCAUCAUAGUCUGGAUGCUCUACAAAGGCUCCUGGUACGAGGAGAUGAUCAAUAACAGGAACAAGUCAGUGGUGCGGAGUAUGAGCUGGAACGCGGAUGGCGAGAAGAUCUGCAUCGUGUACGAAGACGGAGCCGUUAUUGUGGGAUCAGUGGACGGUAACCGGAUCUGGGGGAAGGAGCUGAAGGGGAUCCAGCUGGCCCACGUAGCCUGGUCGCCCGAUAGUAAGAUCCUGCUGUUCGGAAUGGCCAACGGAGAGAUCCAUAUCUACGACAACCAGGGCAACUUCAUCAUGAAGAUGACCCUGCAUUGCCUGACGAACCUGACCGGAGCUAUCAGCAUCGCAGGGAUCCACUGGUACGCCGGAACCGAGGGUUACGUCGAGCCAGACUGCCCCUGCCUCGCCAUCUGCUACGACAACGGACGCUGCCAGGUCAUGCGCCACGAGAACGACGAAAAUCCGGUGAUCAUCGACACCCUUAUGAAUGUCGCCAGUAUCCAGUGGAACCACAGCGGCAACGUUCUCGCCAUAGCCGGAUCGCUCAGGACCCCCGGAGGAGACAAAGAUGUCAACGUCUUGAAUUUCUACACACCUUUCGGAGAGCACCUCCGCACUCUGAAGGUUCCCGGUAAACAGGUGACGGCGCUAUCAUGGGAAGGUGGAGGACUGAGGAUCGGCCUGGCUGUAGAUUCCUACAUUUACUUUGCCAACAUCAGACCCGAUUACAAGUGGGGUUACUGCUUGAACACGGUGGUGUAUGCGUACACUCGGCCAGACAGGAUGGAGUACAGCGUGGUGUUCUGGGACACGAAGAACAACGAGAAGUUUGUGAAGUACGUGAAGAGUCUGAUGUCGGUCACCACCUGUGGAGAUUUCUGCAUUCUGGCCACUAAAGCAGAUGAUUCUCAUCCACAGGACGACGUAGACCCGGACGCAGCAACAGCAACGUACGUACUGGUGUUGUGUAACUCCAUCGGGACUCCUCUGGACUCCAAAUACAUCGACAUCGACCCGCUGUUCGUAAGCAUGACGAAGACUCACGUCAUCGCCGCGUCCAAGGAGGCUUUCUACGUCUGGCAGUACCGCGUGGCCAAGAAGCUCACAGCUCUGGAGAUCAACCAGGUCGCCAAGACCAAGAAAGAGGGCCGUGAAAGGGUUUACCACAUCGAUGACACUCCGAGUGGCACAGCUGACGGGGCGCUGGACUUCUCCAAAGCCUUCACAGCCACCAGAGAUCCGAUCUGUUGCAUCGCCGCAUCGGACAGAACUCUCAUAGUGGGUCGUGAAUCCGGGAUCUUACAGAAAUACCUCUUGCCCAACGUCAGCCUGGUGCAGAAGUUUUCUCUGAGCUGCAGAGCGUAUCAGCUGUCUCUUAACUGCAACUCCAGUCGCUUGGCCGUCAUCGACAUGACCGGAGUGUUGACGUUCUUGGACGUGGAUCCGCGCGGCUCGUCCGGGGAAGCGGAGGACGGCGCCUCGGCCGGAGACCCGUCCAAAUUCGAGCGCAAAGACGUGUGGGAUAUGAAGUGGGCCAACGACAACCCCGACCUGUUCGCCAUGAUGGAAAAGACCAGGAUGUACGUCUUCAGAAAUCUGGACCCGGAGGAACCGAUUCAAACAUCUGGAUUCAUCUGUAACUUCGAAGAUCUGGAAAUCAAGUCUGUCCUGCUGGAUGAGAUCAUGAAGAAUCCCGAGCGGCCGAACAAGGACUACCUGAUCAACUUCGAGAUCCGUUCUCUGAGAGACAGCAGAGCGCUGAUCGAGAAAGUGGGAAUAGAGGACGCUUCCCAAUUUAUAGAGGACAAUCCUCACCCCCGACUCUGGCGUCUUCUAGCCGAGGCGGCUCUGCAGAAGCUGGAGCUGAAGAUGGCCGAGGCGGCGUUCGUGCGCUGUAAGGACUAUCAGGGCAUCGAGCUGGUGAAGAGAGUGGACAAGCUGCAGAGCGAGGACAUGAAGCAGGCCGAGGUGGCCGCGUACUUCGGACGAUUUGAGGAGGCUGAGAAGAUGUACCUGGACAUGGACCGCAGGGAUCUGGCCAUCAGUCUGAGGAUAAAGCUGGGUGACUGGUUCCGGGUUCUGCAGCUGUUACGGAGCGGGUCAGGAGACAGCGACGACGCUCUGCAGGAACAGGCUUACAACGCCAUCGGGGAUUAUUUCGCCGACAGACAGAAAUGGCUGAACGCGGUGCAGUACUACCUCCAGGGCCGUAAUCAGGAGAGACUGGCCGAGUGUUAUUACAUGCUGGAGGAUUAUGACGGUUUGGAGCGUCUCGCUGGAACUCUACCGGAGAACCACAAGCUGCUGCCGGACAUCGGGCAGAUGUUCGUCACUGUAGGGAUGUGUGAGCAGGCAGUGAGUGCCUACCUCAGGUGUAACCGGCCCAAAGCAGCAGUGGACGCCUGUGUGCACCUGAACCAGUGGAACAAAGCUGUAGAACUGGCUAAAGACCACAACAUGAAGGAGAUCGGCCCUCUGCUGUCCAAGUACGCCUCUCACCUGCUGGAGAAGAGGAAGACUCUGGAGGCAGUGGAGCUCUACAGGAAGGCUCACCACUUCCUGGACGCCGCCAAGCUCAUGUUCAAGACCGCGGAGGACGAGGCGAGGAAGCGGACGAGGCCGCUGAGGGUGAAGAAGCUGUACGUGCUCGCCGCCCUGCUGGUGGAAAAUUACCACACUCAGGUCAAACACUCUCAGCAAAGCAGUGCCAAGGGCAAGAAAUCUGAGGCUACCUCCGCUCUGGCUGGGUUGUUAGAGGAGGACGCCGCCUCCGCAGACAGUCACAUCGUGGACAAAGCGUGGCGAGGAGCCGAGGCCUAUCACUACUUCCUGCUGGCUCAGAGACAGCUCUACAACGGCAGCGUGGAGGCCUCGAUGAACACCGCCCUCCACCUGCGUGAUUACGAGGACAUCAUCCCCGCCGUGGAGAUCUACUCUCUCCUGGCCGUGUGUUCCUCGGCUCACCGCGCCUUUGCCACCUGCUCUCGCGCCUUCAUCAAGCUGGAGUCUCUGGAGAGCCUGAGCGCUGAGCAGAGGCAGCUGUACGAGGAGCUCGCGCUGCAGAUCUUCACCAAACACCCGCCGAAAGACAACCGCAAGAGUCAGCUGGACGGCACGGAGGACAGUGCGGAGGAGAAGCUGCCCACGUGUAUCGUAACAGGACGGAGUAUCUCUGAUUAUCAGUUCUGGAUGUGUGGUGUGUGUAAACACUGCGCUCACGAGCAGGACAUCACCAACUACAGCUACUGCCCCCUCUGUCACUCCUCACUCACCUGAUACUGACUCUCUCUGUCUCUCUGUCUGUCUCUGAUUAUACCUGUCUUUCUAUCUGUCUCUCUCUCUCUCUUAUUCCCUCUCUGAUUAUACCUGUCUCUCUCCCUGUCUCUCUCUCUCUGAUUAUACCUGUCUCUCUCUCUGAUUAUACCUGUCUCUCUCCCUGUGUCUCUCUCUCUGAUUAUACCUGUCUCUCUCUCUGAUUAUACCUGUCUCUCUCCCUGUGUCUCUCUCUAUCUGUCUCUCUCUCUCUCUCUCUCUCUCUUAUUCUCGCUCUGAUUGAAUUCAUUUUAUUUGUCUAGAGCUUUUUGGAAUUGUAAGACUGCUCCAUAACUGUGGGGCUCUAUAAGAGAAAGAUCUUCCCCCUGCUGUGGCCUUCACUAUUCGAUGUACUGCAUCCUACAUGAUAGCCUGCAUCUUCUGAUCUAAGUAGGCGUGGCGGGUCACAGAAAACCAAAAGGUCGCUUAGAUACCGUAGCGGAGACCGUUUAGUGCUUUAUAAAUUAAUCAUAGUAUUUUAUAAUUAAUACGAGAUUUCACUGCGAGCCAGUGCAGUGUGGAUAAGAUCGGGGUGAUGUGGCCGUAUCUUCUGGUUCUAGUUGGGAUAAAUUCGCACUUUUAAUAUCUGUGUAUUGUGUUUAUAUGUUUCUGUAAAGCUGCUUUGAGACGAUGUCUAUAGUAAAAAGCACAAUACAGAUCAAAUUGAAUUGAAAUAGUUAGGACUCUAGCAGCCGCAUUCUGGACUAACUGGAGUUUGUUUAUGCUCUGAUCAUACCUGUCUCUCUCUCUAUCUGUCUCUCUCUCUCUUGUUCUCACUCUGAUCAUACCUGUCUCCCCCUCUGUGUCUUUCUCUUUUAUUCUGUCUAUGAUUAUACCUGUCUCUCUCUCUCUCUCUCUCUCUCUCUCUCUCUCUCUCUCUCUCUCUCUCUCUCUGUGUGUGUCUCUCUCUCUCUCUCUCUCUCUCUCUCUCUCUCUCUCUCUCUCUCUCUGUGUGUGUCUCUCUCUCUCUCUCUCUCUCUCUCUCUCUCUCUCUCUCUCUCUCUCUCUCUGUGUGUCUCUCUCUCUCUCUCUCUUGUUCUUGCCCCCCCGCCCUCCCCCAGAGUGAACGGUAUCAGUUGAUGAACCUGUAGAUUUUUCCUGCAGAAGACGAUCAGGCUUAUUCACAUCUUUAACACGAAUCAUUCCGUGGGGUCUGUUUAACACCGGAACAGACGCGGCUCGCUCCACGCCGCUGACGUUCCCCCAUUUCCCUGCUUUUUUCAUGCACGGGAUUAUUAAAUGCAGCGAGUAAAGUCCGUUCUGUACCGUCAGAUUAUAAACUAUAAACUUUACCACUAUAUCUGAUCACGUAAAGUCCUGUUCUCUGCUAGAACACACGAUAAAAACUGCACAGCGGGUGUGUGAUCGGACGGGUCCGCUGUAACACGGGCUUAACUCGGACAGAAACUUGUGUGUGUGUGUGUGUGAGAUGAUUAACUCAUCACCGCUACAGAAAAGAACUGUAUUGUCUCUCAAUGUGCGAUUCUAUGCAUUUCUCCAUCUCCAUUGUUUUUUCCCCAUAUUUAUAUAUUUUAUUAGACGUUUUAUACUUACAGAAUAAACUCUGCUGUACAGA